UGACUGACUGACUGACUGACUGACCGAAUCACUGAUUACCUCUUGAUAUAAUCUGAUUUGUUUGGAUUUGAUUUACUUGUAUGGGCUACGGAUUAAUGAAUGAGGACGUGGACACGGAAAUGGGUAUUGGCACGGAUUAAUGUAUAUACCAUAUUUCUCUCUCUCUCUUUCUUUCUCUCUUGCGUCUUGAGGCGUUCUUUGUUCUUUGUUUUCCCCUUCGAUUCUGUGUCUAUCUUGCUCGCCUAUUCGCAAGGCUCUGGUUAUUUUCUAGAAACUCCUGUGUCUUACAUAUGUGGUUUAUCUGAUUAGCAAGUAUUUGUUCGUAGCGUAUAUGCAGGUUGGGGUUGGGCGGUCAAGCGACAUCAGGGGAGGCUUUUUUUUUUUUUUUUU